UGAAUAUUCAUGAACCCGAGGAGAGAGUUCGGGCCGGAAAAGGCGGUUGAGUCGCGGUCGGGAGGGGAGCCUCGGCGACCUGAGGAAACAGUUUUUCCGUCUCAAAUCACUAACGAGCAGGAGUCAUUGAUAAUGGUGAAGAAACUUUUUGCUACUUCUGUCUCAUGUAUAACAUAUCUAAGGGGACUGUUUCCAGAGAGCUCUUACGGAGAGCGCCAUUUGGAUGACCUCAGCAUAAAAAUCCUCCGAGAAGACAAAAAAUGUCCUGGAUCACUGCAUAUCAUCAAAUGGAUUCAAGGUUGUUUUGAUGCUUUGGAAAAGAGAUACCUACACAUGGCAGUACUUACACUUUACGCAAAUCCCAAGGAACCUGAGAAAGUGACUGAAAUAUACCAGUUCAAAUUCAAAUACACAAAAGAAGGAGCCAUCAUGGAUUUUGACAGCAGCACCACAAGCUUUGAAAGUGGGACAAACAGUGAAGAUAUUAAGAAAGCCAGUGUUCUACUGAUCCGUAAAUUGUAUAUGCUGAUGCAGAACCUUGGACCUCUUCCCAAUGAUGUUGUACUUACUAUGAAACUCCACUACUAUAAUGCAGUGACACCAAAUGAUUACCAACCCCCUGGGUUCAAAGAAGGGGUAAAUUCACACUUUCUGCUGUUUGAUGGGGAGCCUGUCAACCUGCAAGUGGGCUUGGUCUCCACUGGCUUUCAUAGCAUGAAAGUAAAAGUCAUGACUGAGGCUUCCAGAGUAUCUGAUUUGGAGAGCAACCUCUUUCAGGAGAAUAGCACUACUGAGAUUGCCUAUCAGGGUCUAGACUGUGAUGAGGAAGAAGAGGAAUGCAACAGUCAUAGCAUUACCAGAUGCCAGGGAAUUGAGAAUUCAAAGAUGGUAUUGUCACUAGUCUCAAGGAGGUUACAGUCUGGAAAGGAAGACUGGUAAGUAGUCCUGAUCAUUCUAUGUAGUAAAUUCUAUAAAAAGAAUAAGGUCAGAACAUAGUCCUAAGAGUGUCAGAAAGCCCAGCAGGCAGAAGGAAUUCCAGAGCUGCCCCUGGGUCAGGUUAAGAAGUGAGGAGCAGAGCAUGAGAAUGGACAUUAAAGGCAAUGUAGGAGGUGGGCAAACAAGACCUGUUAAGACUACUGCAAGUGGUUAAGUAAGUACAGGGCAAGAUGAAGCUACGGAGAUGGGCCAGUGCCAUAAAACUUUAUCCUGAGGACAGUGGGACAUUAAUAUAUGAAUGACAAAGCAGAGAAUGAAGUGGUCCAGAGUGGAGAAUGGAUUGGAGAAGUAAUAAUGGGUGGAGGCACUAACAAAUCAGCAGCAUAUCCUAUCUGUGCGUAAGGCAAAUCCUGCUCUUUGGCUUCUCAAAUACAGAAUAUGUUACUAUGCCAAAAAAAAAAAGAAAAAAGAAGAAGUAGGGAAAUGUGUAUCUUCAGGGCUUAUUUUCACACACAUGUGUGGAUACUCUAUUCCUAAAGUUCUGUUAGUAGACAGACGAUAGUAGCUUCUGGUUAGUCUGCAUCAAGAUACGCUUUAAAAACUAUGUGCUUUAUUAGGGAAGACAUUAAAUGUUGAAUUUGAAUAAAAUUCUUCCAGCAUUUUUAUACUUUUAAAAAUAAAAAAAAACUAUGUGCUUAAAAUAGAAUCUGAAAUGCUUUAGAAGUCAUAUGAUGUUGCUCAAAUCUUCCAGAUAAUCUGUCUACCCUGCCUGAUGGCUGGCCCUUUGCUUAGUUGGUUGGCUUUAGCAUCAAAUCUGCAAACUCAUCCAGUUGGAUAUAUAUGUGAAAAAUGUUUUUCAAAUGUGGAUAAAUUUAUUGGUUUAUAAAGUUCAUGUAGAUCAGGGAUCCUCAAACUGCGGCCCGCAGGGCACAUGAGGGGUGUGAUUGUAUUUGUUUUUUGACUUCAAAAUAAGAUAUGUGCAGUGUGCAUAGGAAUUUGUUUAUAAUUUUUUUUUUAAACUAUAGUCUGGCCCUCCAACGGUCUGAGGGACAGUGAACUGGCCCCCUGUUUAAAAAGUUUGAGGAUGCCUGAAUUAUUUAUCUAUGCUAGGAAGUAUCUGCUAACUGAUAAGUACUUACUUUUGAACUCACUAGUUUUCUAUAAACCAUGAGUUCCCAGGCCUCACUGGUUGCCUUCAAUACUAUUGUAUAUAGUAUUGAAGAUGUUUUGACAGACAUACUGCAAUAAAAUUGAAAUUCUACAACUUGCAAUAAAACUCUGGUUUACUUGAACAAUAGAAGUAUAAGAGAACAAAAUUAUUAAACCCAUCAGGUCAGCUGGUCAUAUGAGAAUUUGUGCACUCACCUUCUCUUCUUUCAUGUGUACAAGAUUUGAUAGAUGUGAGGAUAGUUUGGUUUGAAUGAAAAGCAUGCCCAAGCUUCAUUUCCAGAGAAGCUGACUUUUACCAAGUACAUUUUCAUGCAGCCAAACCAAAACACACUCAUCUCUUAGAUAAAGAAGGUGGUUCUUGUGUUUUAGGUUUUUAUGUCUCUAUUUCUGUUCCUUUGGAGCAAUCCAUUUCUAACUUUUACAUGUAUAAGCAAAGCAAUUAUUUGAUAAGCUGCUUUAUUUAUUUUCUCAGAAGUUUAAUGUUUUAUAUAGUUAAUGUUUUAGUUUAAGCCAUAGGCAAUUUUUGGUUUCUGAGAUCAGGAACUCGACUGCUUUCUAAAAGCAGAGAAUAAAUUAUGGCUUGAAUUAGACCCAAUCUUUGUUUAGACCCAAUCUUUGUUUCUAAACGGUGGUUAAAUGUUCUAUUGACAUUCCCACUAUUUUGUAGUGGUAACAUAUCAAUAAUAAUAAUAACAUGCCUCUAUUACAAAAGAAAAAAGGAUAAUGUUGGAAUUUUUACUAUAUAUUCUAACAAGUCUUACUUUGAAAUAUAUAUCUUAUUCCAUUUUCCUUCCAAAGAAAGAAGAGAGGACAUAGAAAAAUAUUUCCUCCUGGUGGUGCCCAUAGUUCAGUAGGUGGGGCAUUGGCCACAUACACCAAGGCUGGCGUGUUUGAACCCGCCCCGGCCAGAUAAUCACUUAAGCCCAGGAGUUUGAGGUUGCUGUGAGCUGUGACGCUACAGCACUCUACCCAGGGCGACAGCUUGAGACUCUGUCUCAAAGAAAAAAAAAAUCUUUCCUCCCAUCUAGAAUAGAAAAUAUAUAAAUGUGUUUCUUGGAAUUCUAGGCAGUAAGGAUUAUCUGAUAGAUUAUAAUGUAUCCAAUUGUUCAUCAUUGUUAAGCAAAAGUAAGUUUUAAAAUCUUUACCAAAGCCGAAUCCAAUGGAGAAAUACAUCUCUGUGAUGAUUCACUAAUCAACUUCCCUUUAAUCAAUAACAUAUACCUCUCUUCAGUAAAAAGGUCAUGGUCCUUCUUAAUUCAUUAAUCUGAACAUACGAUAGAAAAGACAAGGCUGUAUGUCUCUGCUAACUGAAAUUGGAACUUAAAUUAUAUUUCCUUCAAAGCAAUGAGUGUACUAGAAUUCUCCUGACCCUUAAUUGCUCCUUGUUCACCCCACACCUUGACAACCCUUCCCUCAAGAGUUGGAUGUGCUGAAUUCUCUAGAGAGAGCCAAGAAACUGUCCCAGAACCUGGCUGCUUCCAAGGGACCUCAACUCCUGAAACUUGGAAUACCAGACUCUGAUACUGGCAGCAGGGCCUCUGUGCAGGGCCA